AGACCGGAAGUGGGUGUGUGCGGGAGUCGCCGCGUGACCGCAGCAGAAGCAGCAGCAACCGCCGCCUCUCUGCUAACGUUCAGCCGGAGAGAAAAGACAGGGGGACCGUUCGGACAUGUCCGCGGUAACAAAAUCACUGUAAUGUCUCUGUCAUCCGCUUCUUUGGCGAGCCGAGGAACAAACACGAGCGCAGCGCAGGUGCCCCAUCUGGAGUGAAUCAUGCUUCUUUCCCUGGGGAUGCUGAUGCUGUCCGCGACACAGAUCUACACCGUCUUCACCGUGCAGCUCUUCGCCUUCCUCAAUCUGCUGCCUGUGGAGGCCGAUAUCUCAGCUUAUUCAUUUGACAACAGAACCCAAACAUUUGAUGACCUGCCAGCAAGGUUUGGAUACAGGCUUCCUAGUGAGGGUUUGAAGGGCUUCCUGAUCGGGGCCCGGCCGGAGAAUGCCUGCGAGCCCAUCGAGCCACCGCCACGGGACAACCUCACAGGCGCCUUUAUCGUGCUAAUCAAGCGCUUAGACUGCAACUUUGAUGUCAAGGUUCUGAAUGCCCAGAAAGCCGGGUACAAGGCAGCCAUUGUUCACAACGUGGACUCCGAUGACUUAAUCAGCAUGGGAUCCAAUGACUUGGACAUCCUGAAGCAGAUCGACAUCCCCUCCGUGUUUGUGGGCGAAGAGACGGCCAACUCCCUGAGGGAGGAGUAUACUUAUGACAAAGGGGGUCACGUGGUGCUCUUACCAGACUUCAGCCUGCCUCUGGAGUACUACCUGAUCCCCUUCCUCAUCAUUGUCGGCAUCUGCCUCAUCCUCAUCGUCGUGUUCAUGAUCACCAAGUGCGUGCAGGACCGGCACCGGGCCCGGAGGAGUCGCCUGCGCAAGGACCAGCUCAAGAAGCUCCCCGUUCACAAGUACAAGAAAGGGGAUGUUUAUGAUGUCUGCGCCAUCUGCCUGGACGAGUACGAGGAGGGGGACAAACUGCGGGUGCUGCCCUGUUCCCAUGCCUAUCACUGCAAGUGUGUGGAUCCCUGGCUGACCAAGACCAAGAAGACGUGCCCGGUGUGCAAACAGAAGGUAGUACCGUCUCAGGGCGACUCGGACUCCGAGUCAGACGACGCCGACAGCGGUCACGAGGAUAGCGAGGCAUCGGAGAGCACACCGUUGCUGCGCUCCCUCGCCUCGGCCAGCGGCCAUUCCUUCGGCACCACGUCCGCCACCGCAUCGCUCUCCCAGCACGCCCAUGACCAGGAGUCCUCCGACUACGAGGACGACGACGACAUGGAGAGCUGCGACAGCGAGGAGGAAGAGCCAGAGCCUCCAGCGGUCACCGUGGAGACAGUGGUUGUCCAGCUGCAGAGCAGCCGCGAGACCACAGCCCCCGACGCUUAAUUCUUUUUCAGCUGUCAUAUUUGGUGACUUGUGUACCUCCUCCCCUCCUUCUGUUGCAGUUCCCAUCACAGUACCUGUAAGCCCACACCUGUGCUGUGUCGGACUGGAUCAGGCUGGAAGAAGCACCUUUUGUCUGAGGACGGGUCAUUCAGUGUGCUUUGCUUGAGCGAGUGUUCAGGGAAGAGGUGUUGUGCGGCAGCUGGAGACGCCACUUUAACACGCUUGUCAGCCUUCAGAUGAAUGCAAAGUGUACAUAUGUAUAGACCAGUGUGAAUAAAGUCAAAGUCCACUUUGUACAUAACUUAUUUCAGCCUGUAUCUGGAAGCAUCUUCAUCUCUGAAUGGGGAACUAACAUAAACAUCAAGUACCUGCAUCACUUAACACUAUGCAGACUUUUUUUUUUUUUUAAGUUUACUGUAGGCAGCGAGAACUGAUCAACAUGGCACAGUGAAGCAACAGCUCCCUACAAUCAACGGCUUUAGAGGUUAACAUGUGGGCCUUGCUGUAAAGGCUGUGCUUUUGAGAGGCACUUCACCUGGGUCUCGGUUUGUUACCAUGCCAUUUGAACAGUGGUGUUCAUGCUGAUUUGCUAAGAUACCCAGCAACACACUGCAUUUAGUUUUUACACUAACACUGUAGUACCUGUGCAUUAGUUACUUUUUAAAAUGUCAAAUGUUACGAUGUAUAGUGAGAUGUUAUGCUGUCUUUCAAGCCCGUUAUAUGUAAUCUAUUUUGCUCAACCCAACAAUAAAGUGACAUUUAAAUUUUUUUCUACA